AUGGCCAUCUCAAAGCUCCGUCUCAUUUGCUUCGCCGCGAGCUUGGUGAGCGCCAACUCGCGCUUCCUUGCGCCGGUUCAAGACAUUAAUCUUCCGGCUAGCGAGACUGCUGAACACCCGUUGGAGCACCUCGGCGCUAAUGGCCCUUGGUACGCAGGACCAAAUGUCAACGGAAUUUCAUCGGAUAUUCCGGAAAAUUGCUUCGUCGACCAGGCAGCUUACGUCUCUCGGCAUGGCUCACGUUAUCCCGAUCCCGGCGCUUACAACGGCUGGGUGUCUAUGCAGGAGCGAUUUCAAGCUGGAAACUACACGGCCUCUGGUAGCCUAAGCUUUCUACCCAAUUGGCGUACAGCUUUAACGAAUCCUUCGUCUCAAAUUGCCAACUUGAGCCCGACUGGCUACAAGGAAGCGCAUGACCUGGGAUACACUUUGAGAACAAGAUACCCAGAUCUCUACAAUGAGGGCGAAGAGUUCAUGGUCUGGGCCAACAACUAUUCCCGAGUUCUACAGACUGCGAAACUUUUUGUCCGUGGCUUUUUGGGGACCAACGCCACCUUGUUCGGAGAUAUCGUAUCAGUCACUUCAAAAGGUUUUCCUGGCGGGAUCGGCGAUUCUUUGGCCCCGUCGGAUAUGUGUCCGACGUUCGCUGAUACGGAAGGCGGCGACUACGUCUCUCAAUGGAACGAUGUCUGGAUUCCCCCCGUCCUCGAGCGCCUACAAGGCUUGAUUACCGGCAAUCUCACGCUCACCGAGAACGAUGUGUCGCAAAUUCCAUACUUGUGCGGAUAUGAGAGUCAGAUCACCGGUCGCCUAUCACCUUGGUGUGAUGUAUUCUCGGACGAGGAGUUCCUCCAGUACGAGUACUUCCAAGAUCUGCGCUACUACUACGGAGUUGGUCCCGGUACGGAUAUUCCAUCCAAGAUGAUGACGCCGUACUUGAACGCGCUUAUGGCCCUAUUUGGCGAAGGCCCAUCCGUUACGGGCAAACGUGCCGACGGAAGCACGUUUACGUUACCAAAGCUCAUUGUCUCUUUCCUCAAUGAUGGACAGCUCAAUGAGCUUGUGACAGCCUCGGGAGUUAUGGACUCCCAAGCCCCGCUUUCUCCGACUGAGAAAGACGAUAACCGCGCUUGGGUCAGUUCUCGGUACACCACGAUGCGAGGUACCAUCGCCUUUGAGCGACUUAAUUGUGCUGUUUCUGGCAAUGGUACGCAUGGAAACACAACACGCACCUCUCCCCCAGUCAAGAGAUGCUCUAAUUCGACUGCGCCAUCUCCUGGUGGAUCUCACAACGCAACCUAUGUUCGUAUCCGUUUGAACGACGCUGUUUAUCCUUUGCCCUCUUGCAAGAACGGACCCGGAUCUUCAUGUCUACUGGAAGACUACAGGAAGUACGUGUCCGACAAGCUCGACUUCGAGGGCAACUGGAUCACGAACUGCAAUGUUACUGCUGCGGGGGCACCAUCAGUCGUGAAGGGCGCAAGCUUUUACACCGACUUAACCAGCCCGUGGUUGAGUCAUGUGGCUCCUUGA